AUGUCAUAUCCAAGCAGCGAAAAGGAUCCUGGUGCAGACACCAGGAUUGAAGAUAUCAAUCAACCUGCCCUGAAUGAUGUGGACUACGACGAAGAAUACACAUACGCAGAGCAGCGUAAGAUUAUCCACCGGGUGGAUAGACGCCUUGUCACCAUUACCGGUUUAGCAUAUUGUGUGUCCCUCAUGGACAGGACAAAUCUGAGCAUGGCUGCUGUCGCGGGCAUGACCAAGGACCUAGGUCUGACAAUUGGAACCCGAUAUUCCGUCAUGGUCCUCAUCUUCUUCGUUCCCUACGUGAUCUUUCAGCCACCUAUGACAGUUAUAACACGGAAGAUAGGCCCUACCUACUUCUUGGGAACCAUUGUCAUUUUUUGGGGGGCAAUACUAGUUGGCAUGGGGUUCGCAAAGAAUUGGAAGCAUAUGGUCGCGACGCGUGCACUGCUGGGUUUACUUGAAGCAGGUUACUUCCCUGGCUGUGUAUAUCUUUUGUCUAGCUGGUACACCCGGUUUGACGUGCAAAAACGUUUCUCGGUCUUCUACUUGAUCGGCUGCGUAGCAUCGGCAUUGUCUGGUAUUCUGGCUUUUGGGCUGAUGCAGAUGGGCGGGCUUCAGGGUCUGGAAGGCUGGCGAUGGAUUUUUAUCAUGGAAGGCGUGAUCACAGGGGUGAUUGGCAUCCUGACCAUCACCUUUCUAGUGGACUUCCCUGAUAAGGCGCACAAGUCUUGGAGGUUUCUUAGUGAGAAAGAAUGCGCGUUUAUCGUCCGCCGUAUCAACCGGGAUCGUUCCGAUGGAGACCAGGAGCCCUUCUCUCUUAAGCGCUUUCUGUCACCUGCCCUCGACCUGAAGAUCUGGGGGUUUGCCAUGAUAUUCUUUUGCACUACAACCGUCACGUAUGCCAUCGCAUAUUUCCUUCCGAUCAUCCUUGAACAGGGUAUGGGGUUUAGUACCGCUGCCGCGCAAUGUUUAAUUGCGCCACCCUAUGUGUUCGCUGGAAUCGUAAUGUUCUCAUCGGCCUGGGUUGGUGACAGAUAUCGUCUACGAGGAGCAAUCGUCGUCUUCAAUGCUUUACUCUGUAUCAUUGGACUUCCCAUUAUGGGUUUUGCGAAAGGCAACGCUGCGCGGUACGUGGGCGUAUUCUUCGCCGUGGCCGGUGCCAAUUCCAACAUCCCAGCUUGUAUGGCAUACCAAGCGAACAAUGUCCGUGGUCAAUGGACUCGUGCAUUCUCUAGUGCUACGUUGGUGGGGUUUGGUGGCAUCGGAGGAAUUGUGAGUAGCUUGGUCUUUAGGUCCCAAGAUGCACCUGGAUACCGACCGGGCAUGUGGACUACUAUUGCAUGCAAUCUCCUUAUGUUAGUAAUUGUGGCCGCUAUGAGCUUAUGGUUCCGCCGAUCAAACAGAGAAGCGGACCGUGGGGAGCGCGUGAUCGAGGGGUCUCCAGAGUUUCGGUAUACGAUAUAA